UAGAAUCAGGAAAGAGAGUAGUAACGGCUUUUCAGACACUGAAGCGCCUUCUUCAACAUAAAUAACAUCGCCUGUUUCUGCUGACUUCAGGAUUUGGUCGGUCAUCAGUCGAACAUGUUUUGAUAAAAAAAAAGAUUACUAUAUAUUUGGCAUUUUUAAACACAUGUCCGCAACGUGUUUUACAAAUCGUCUUGCAAACUGAAGAGAAGACACGGAUGCUGAACAUUUCGAGUUAUCUUUGAUGUCACACAAUCAUCAUGGAAGAGAUUCCUGUCAAGGUUGCUGUGCGAAUAAGGCCUCUGCUUCCAAAGGAGAUCCUCCACAAUCAGCAGGUUUGUGUGCGAGUGGUCCCCAACACGCAACAAGUCAUCAUGGGAAAGGACCGGGCCUUCACCUUCGACUUUGUGUUUGGACAGAAAUCUCUGCAGAAUGAAUUGUACGUUACUUGCAUAAAACCCUUGGUUUUGUCCCUGAUUGAAGGAUACAAUGUCACAGUGUUUGCUUACGGGCAGACUGGAUCAGGAAAGACAUACACCAUCGGUGGAGGUCAUGUUUCCUCAUCUGAUGAAGAGAAAGGCAUUAUUCCACGUGCUAUUCAGGAAAUCUUCCACAGCAUCUCUGAAAACCACAACAGAGACUUUACAGUAAGGGUGUCCUAUAUAGAAGUCUACAAGGAGGAACUGAGGGACCUGCUGGAACUUGAAACGUCUUUCAAAGACAUGCACAUCAGAGAGGAUGAAAAGGGAAACACAGUGAUAGUGGGUGCCAAAGAGAGCCUAGUAAAGACUGCAGAUGAAGUAAUAAGUCUGUUGGAAUCUGGAAACGCUGCUCGUCACACAGGGACCACGCAAAUGAACGAGCACUCCAGCCGCUCCCAUACCAUUUUCACCAUCACUGUCGGCCAGGAAGGCUCAAAAUCUGAAGCAGAUCAGUUACAUGAUGGGGAGCCUGAGUCUGGCCCUCACGACUCUUUUCAGCUUAUAUCUUCUAAAUUUCACUUUGUCGACCUGGCUGGUUCAGAAAGGGUCGCCAAGACAGGUAACACCGGCGAGAGGUUUAAGGAGUCAAUCCAGAUCAACAGCGGGCUGCUGGCCCUGGGCAACGUCAUCAGUGCCCUGGGGGACCCCAAGCGAAAAAGCCUACACGUACCUUACAGAGAUGCCAAGAUCACCCGUAUUCUGAAAGACUCGCUUGGGGGUAACGCUAAGACUGUAAUGAUUACCUGUAUCAGCCCAUCUUCCUUCAAUUUUGAUGAGUCUCUCAACUCCCUCAAGUAUGCCAACAGGGCCAAGAACAUCAAAAACAAGCCCAUUGUCAACUACAACCCAGACUCAGACCGUAUGGAUGAAAUGGAGCUGGAGAUAAGGGCUUUGAGAGAGGCGCUGCAGAACCAGCGGGCCAGCCUGAUGACUCGCGCCAGCCGCGUCUCCCAGGACCUCCCAGGGGGGCAUGACAAAAACCGCAUCCGCGCCAUGGAGGAGCAGCUGGCUGCGCUGCAGGUGGAGUGUUACCAGUACCGUGCCUGCACUGAGGAUGCCUGCCAGUUCCUCCUGGAGCUGAAGGGUACAACCAGUCUUCCCAAAAUUCAUAAGCGCAAGCUACAGGAGUGGCUGGACACAGUGGAGGAGCUCCAGAGAGAGAACCCAAGCACCUCAGAAGCAGACAGCGGAGUCGGCAGCGCUGGAGAGGAACCCCAUCACAUCACCAUUCUGCAGCUCAAGAGAGAGUUGAAGAAAUGCCAGGAUGCCUUGACUACAGAUGAAGAGGUUUUCGUUCAGAAAGAAGCUGAACUUAAGGAAUUGCACGCUCAGAUUAAGUCACUCCUUCAGGAAAACAAGGAGCAUUUGGCUGCUCUAGAAAACGAAGAAAGCAAACGACGGAUACAGAAUGAGAAAAUGGUGGAGCAGCAACUAAUAAUAGAUCAGCUGAGGGAAGGACUACUGAGUGUCAAGCAGAAGUCCUGCAGUUGUGUGAAUGGUGCGGGAGAUGCAACAGCCUCAGUGACCUCUUCCAAAAGACCUCACAGUGUUCCACUCAGUAACAAACACCAGCCAGACUCUUCUCAGAACAUUCCCAGGCUAGACACCAGAAAGGUGCACACAAGCCCCCCUGCGUACUCCCUGGAAAGAGUAAUGGCUGCUUUCAGAACCCGAAGCCAGAUGCUGCUAGCACAAAUUGAGGAGCAAGAUGAGGUUCUGUGCCACGAGAUUACUGAUAGCAGUGAGGAAGAAGAAAAUGAUGACGAGAAGAAAAUGGAAGGGAAGUUGUCAUUCAGGCGUUCUAUGAAUCGUACCUGGACUCGGAGACAGACUCCAUUAGUUACUGAGCCAAACCUCCACGAUUUGUUCAUUAAUCAUAAAAAGAACAAUGUCCAGAACGAGAAUGAACCUGAGACUAAACAUACUACAGGGGAUGAGCUUGAGGCAGCCUUGGCAGAGGAAGCAAGCCUCAGACAAAGCCAAACUCUAAAUCUACAUAAUCUAAAGGAUGCUGAAUUAAGACUUACACAAGCCAAGCAGAAGACAAAGGAACUAGCAAUUAAUAUCAGAAUGAAGGAGGAACUUAUUAAAGAAUUAGUGAAAACAGGUAAAGAUGCCCAGGAGGUGAACAGACACUAUUCAGUGAAGAUUGCUCACUUGGAACAGGAGGCUGACCAGGCCAAGAAGGAGCUGGCAGAGACCCAGAAACAACUGCAGGAGCUGGAGAGCAGAGAGGUUCAGGACGGUACAGAGAUAGCCAGGCUACAGAGAGAGUUCCGCAAGAAGGUGGAUACAGCUAAACUCAAAGUGCAGGUGCUACAGAAGAAGGAGCAAGACACAAAGAAGCUGGCAUCUCUGUCAUCUCAGAGUGAGAAACGGCUGACAGAGUUGGAGCAGAACGUGGACCACAUGAAACGGCAACAAGCCCAGCUUCACAAAAAACUGAGGGAGGAGACUGAAAAAAAGAAAAAACUGGAGGCAGAGAUAUACAGGGAUCAGCAACGUAUAAAAGAUCUGCAGUUAAAGACAGAGCAGCAACAGAAAAUUCUGAAACUGAAAACUGAAGAAAUAGCUGCAUUUAAAAGAAUGAAACGUGCUGUCAGCACUCCGGAUGAGCAGAGAUUAGAAAGGCAGCGGAAAUGGCUUGACGAUGAAGUUGAAAAGGUUCUGCGGCAACGACAGACUUUGGCCGAGCUCGAAGAUGAGCUGAAGAAGAGAGAGGAGAUUAUUGCCAAAAAAGAGGCCCUUUCACAAGGAAUGAGCCAGCUGGAGAUAAAGAAACUGCGAUCCAGUCAGGCUUUAAGCAAAGACAUCUUGACACUGUCAACUCGCCUGAGUGUAGUGGACAAGGAAUUGUCGGAUAAAAACAACCAGUUCCAGGGCAGCAGUGCAGAGAACAAGAAGAGGAUUUCCAAAGAGGUGGAGGUGCUCCAGCAAGAGAGGAACCAGCUGCUAAAGAAGAGAGACUGCCUCGAUGACAAGCUGAGGAAUGGCAGAGUGUUAACUGUUGAGGAGGAACACAUUCUUUUCCAGCUAGAGGAAGGUAUAGAGGCUCUGGAUGCUGCGAUCGAUUAUAAAAAUGACACUAUUGACAGCCAGCAGCACUCUGUUAGGGCUUCUACUGAAAUGCUGACAUCCAGUGAGGCCGGGAUCAUGGUUAAGCUCAGUACUCUCUCUUUCUCUGAGAUCAAAGCUCUUCUCUUCAGAUACUUUAAUAAGGUUGUGUGUCUGCGCGAAUCAGAGCGAAAGCUCCAGCUGCAGUGUGAAGAAAUGGGGAUACAGAUGAAAGAAGAGGAGCGACUCGUCCAUGAGCUGGAGUCUGCUCUGGAGCGCCUCACGCUGGAGAUGGACAGGCGUCUGACUCUGCAGCAGAAAGAGCAUGAACAGAAGAUGCAGUUAAUAUUGCAGGGGUUCAAAGAACAAGGCAGUGAUGGUCUUGCAGAAAAUAUUAAUAUUUAUGAAGCUAAAGUUCAGCAGCUGGAGAAAGAUUUGUUCUUCUACAAGAAAACAAGCAGAGAGCUAAAGAAGAAAUUGAAGGAAGUGGUAGUGGAUUCACUCAACCAGCAGUGUGCUUCAGCAAAAGGUAAUGGGGAUGAAAAAAGUGUCAGCAUCUCAGAAGAGGACAAAUGGCCUACCAAGUUUGAAAGUAACAAAGCUAAUGCAAACUCUCAAAAGGACAGUGCUAAUCUUCCAACAACUACCCAAGUACAGAAGAACAGCAGAAUUUGGGAUGCGAUUGCAGAAAUAGCCCAGACUCCCACUUCUGCAAGCAGGAGGCGUUUAGCCUGCUAUGAGGAACAGUCAGCUGGAGAUGAAACCCCUUAUUCAAUCACUGCUCUUUCAUCAGUUUCAAAGACUGGAGACAGUGCAGCACAGCUCGUAACUCCAGUCAGGGUGUCGAGGAAGGAACUGAGGCGGAUUUCUGCAUCAGAACUGUCAACAAGACGCUCCAGCCUUGGGGCCAGUGUGACCUCAAUCCAGGAAGACUCCAUUGAAAUAGCACGAAAAUCCACUGACUUUAAACAUUAGUAAGCACUUAACUGGAGCCUUUAACAGCUUCAAGAAAAAGGGUUUAUAGCAUAAACUUAAGAGUGCACAAAACACAUUCCCCAGAUAGAAAGUCAAAGUAAAAAUAAAAUCUACAGUUGUAUA